GGGUCUGGCGUCGCUUAAAGGGGAAGUGUCGCCGUCUGCUGGUGUCGACCGUCGUCCGGGAGAACGUCACCUUCCAACAAUGGUUCCGAAACUUCUAGGACCGGAUAGACCGGGGUCACCGACGGGCAGCGGCGCUGGCUAGCGUCUCUCUUCCCGAGGGGGAGUGAGGUUGUAGGCUAAAAGAGCGAGAUGCAGUCUACCGCCGUGGAGGUGGGCGACGGCUCUGUGCUCCAGGUGUGCUUCCCCAGCAUUCAGGCCUCGGUGCUGGACAGCCUGAACCAGCAGCGAGAGGACGGUCGGCUCUGUGACCUGGCCAUCCACGUCCAGGGUCACGUGUUCAAGGCACACCGCUGCGUCCUGGCCGCCUCCUCGCCAUACUUCCACGACCAGGUCCUCCUGAAAAACAUGUCCACCGUCUCCAUCCCGGCAGUGAUGGACCCGCUCGCGUUUGAGAGCGUGCUGAGCUGCGCCUACACGGGUCAGCUACGGAUGCUGCGCGAGGACAUCGUCAACUACCUGACGGUGGGAAGCGUCCUUCAAAUGUGGCACAUUGUGGAUAAAUGCACCGAGCUGCUUAAGGAAGGCAGGGCCGCAGGGGGAGGAGCAAGCGGAGGUGGCGGUGUCCCACAAGCCUCUGGAGGCGGAGUCUCUGCGAUCGUGGGUUACUGCAGCAGCAACGGGGUUGCGGGGGGAAGCGAUGACAGCCACGGCCGGGAUCAAGCUCGACUGGCGGCGUCACAAGAGACCUCGCGUCCCUCCCAGCCUCCAAGCCACCUAUCAGUGAGCGAGAGCCAAUCUCCCAGCAGCACCAACUACUUCAGCCCCAGGGACGGCGGCGCUGUCACGGCUGGAACUUCAGUGGAAGGAGGCAUGGCCAGCAACACGCCUAGCUACUGUACUCCAUCUGGGGAGGAGGCCUUCAUGAUCGAAGAGGACGAAGAAGAUGAGGCAUACCACCAAAAAAAGAGAGGAAGAGGAGGAGGCAGCGGAUGUAGGAAGAAAACCAACUCUGUGUCGGAGGAGGAAGUCAGUGAUGGCUUUGGCGUUUCCUCCUAUCAGGACGAGGAAGACUCGUCGGAGUCGCCGCUGCAGAAACGUCCCGCCUACAUCCAGCCCAGCAUCAUGCCCCGCAAGCAGUGGGUGGUGGUCAAAACGGAACAGGCGGAGGACGACGACCUCAUCGUGGUGUCGGGGGAAGAAGGCGGAGGGGAGGAAGAGGACGACGACGACGAGGAGGACGAGAGGGGAGUGGCGCCGGGCAGGGACAGAGACGGAGGGGACUUCGGCAUCUCGCACGUUCGAACUCUGUCUGCCGAGGCGGGAGGCCGAGCCGAGAGCGACAUGGACGCGCAGAUGGACUACUGCCAGUCUUCAGAGGACUUCCUGAAAUUCGAAGGCAGUUUAUUGGACCCGGCUUUAGCUCAUCACCUUCACGAAAACUCUGCAGGUCAGAACCAGAACUCCAAUCGUGCAGUUUCUGCGCUGUUGGGCCAGGUUCAGGCUGCGGCCACGGCCCGCGCCCAGCUCUACCCUCUGGACAUGCAGGGGAACCAGCUCCUUGUCUACGGACAGACGCCCGGACUCUCGAUGGACGCCUCCGCGCCGCCUCCUCUGGGCAUGGCGGGUGCAAUGAUGGUCGGCGCCUCCUUCAAAGGUCCCAGUGUGGAGCAUGGCCCCGCCCACCUGUCGUCUCAGGGCAGCUUGGGAGGAGAGGGCGCAGACGGCAGCGGCGUGAGUAUGGGGAAAGUGUUCAUGUGUCACUGCGGGAAGACGUUCACGCACAAGAGCAUGAGGGACCGCCACAUUAAUAUGCACCUCGACCUGCGACCGUUCCACUGCCCUGUGUGCGCCAAGAAAUUCAAGAUGAAGCAUCACCUCACCGAGCACAUGAAGACGCACACGGGACUCAAACCGUACGACUGCGCCGGCUGCGGCAGGAAGUUCAUGUGGCGCGACAGCUUCAUGAGGCACCGCUCGCACUGCGAACGCCGCGGCGGGCCUAGCCAGGGCUGUGACAGCGGGCUGAGAGGAGGAGGAGGAGACGAUGUCUCAGAUCUAAAUCCCGCCAAUCACCUCCUCCCACCAGGCGAGGGGGGUCUGGGAGGAGGGGGAAGAGGAGGCGUGUCCGCCUCUGGGAGCAGCGGCGCCAGCAUGACGGCCGCAGGGGCGCUCGUGGGCGUGUCCUCAUCAAGUCAUGGGUCAGGGAUGUUCGGCGGUCCGGCUUUAGGUCACACCGUGUGCAGUGACCGCACGUGUGAUGUCGGCGCCAACGACAGCGUGACUUAACUCAGACUGGACUGACGCAGACUCGCGCAGAUGGUCAACAUUUUUCAAAUGGACCUUUAAGUUGCAUGUUAGACCACUGGGAAGCUUGAUCUAUUGGACACAGUAAAAAAACAAUGGCUGACCAGCGUGAUGAACACAAUCAACUUUGGAAUUUAAUUAGCUGGCAGGUGCAGCCAUUAACAGAAUAGUUUAUAGAACUGUUUGUUGAUAGGUAGAUUUCAGAGAGCUCAAUGAUAAACCGCCCCAUUUGCUAAUGCAAAACUUUUUGUAUACAGGCCACGCCCACCAGGCACUCAGGAACAACACUAUAAGGAAUAGUAUGUUUGAAUUGAAUCUGUAAAACAGUGCUAUCUGCUGGAGUUGUUUGGUCAAAGGUCUGAAAUGUUCAACUUCCCAGUUUUUUAGAAUGCAACAUGGCAAAGAAACGAAGGAACGCUGCGGUGUCGUGCUAUGAUCUUGCAGUUACGUCUUCAUGGCUUUUUAAAACCGUUCCAUUUGUGUUUUUUUUCCCCCGUACAAAAACACUUCUUGUCGGCGCGCAGGUACCGGUACUUGAAUUGAAAAGGGGGGGGAUUUUAGACGUAGAGGCGAUUGUGAUGACUCUGCAGAGGUCAGGGUUAAUCUGCGCAACAUAAAAAAGACACACGCCGUUUGUGACUCUUGAGAAGACAGAUUGGGGAAAUAGAGAACUUUUUUUUUUAAGAAAUAAUGUUGACUACUACUACUACUACUACUAGAUGACUGUAAUACUGAGAAGGAUUUGAAAGUUUAAGAUGCUGCUAUGGCAUUGAAUGUAUUUAAAGUCUAUAUUUGGUCUCCCUGGACAGAAACACCCAUGUUCUAUGUUAGCACAUUCUGAAUCCAUUCCAUGGGUCUCACUUUGCAGAUUGCAGCUCACACACUGUGUGGACAUUUGUGUUUCACCUGCUUGUUUUUAUUUAAAAAAAUUGUUUUUUCUUUAUUUGCCUCCAACAACCCUGACUUACUGUGUGAGACAAGAAUAACGCGUCAGUUCGUUGUUCUCUGCGUGAAAGGUGGAAGUAAUGUACACUUUUGACCUCUCCAGAUGAGCAGGAUUCCCAGCAAACACUCGACGACCUCAUAGUUCCUUUGACUUUGUUGAAGAAGCGGUUUCCUUGUUUAACAAAAUGUCUCCGCAUUUCUUCCACAGUCCACUGUUUGCAUCUUUAACUGCUCUGCUUCUAUUGUUCACCAAAAUAACAAUAAAUUAUUAGGUGCACAAAC